AUGCCCAAGUACGCCAAAGAUCAGUCUGUCGACUUCAAAAAUACCAUUGAGAGAGUCGCUAUUGUCGGCGCUGGAGGCACCAUUGGAUUGCAUAUUACCAACGCCCUUCUAGAGACUGGAAGACACACAAUUACGGCUCUCUCGCGCAAAAGUAGCGGUAAAAAACUCCCCGAGGGCGUCUUGGUCGCCUCAGUCGACUACGAUGAUGAAGCUACAGUUGUUGCCGCCCUGAAGGGCCAGCAAAUUUUGAUCAUAACCAUGGCCACCACCGCGCCCAGAGAUACCCACAGCAAGCUUGUCCAGGCGGCCGCUAAGGCUGGUAUUCCCUACGUCAUGCCCAAUGGAUAUGGCGCCGACAUUGAAAACAUCAAACUUGGGGAAGACACAAUGCUGGGACCCAAGGCCAAAGCCAAUAGGGACGAAAUUGAGAGCCUCGGCAUGCAGUGGAUCACCGUGUGCUGUGGGUUCUGGUACGACUACAGCUUGGCGGGCGGGGAGACGCGUUUUGGGUUCGACUUUGACAAGCGUUCUCUGACAAUCUAUGACGACGGAAACAUCAAGAACUCGGUGUCGACGUUGGCGCAGGUCGGGCGCGCCGUGGCCAAGGUCUUAAGCCUCAAUGAGCUUCCCGUGGAUGAAAAAGAUACCAAUUUCACCCUGUCGAUGUUCCUCAACAAGAGCGUGUAUCUUAAGAGCUUUGUGCUCAGCCAAAACGACAUGUUUGAAAGCGUCAAGCGUGUCACCGGUACCACCGAUGCCGACUGGACGAUUACCCACGAGGAUACUAAGAAGCGAUACGAGGAGGGUCUGGCGGAAAUGAAAGCGGGCAACAUGGCUGCGUUUGGAAAGCUGCUGUACGCAAGGGCGUUUUACCCGGACGAUAACAAUGACCUCUCGGCCAAGGCGCAUAAUGAGCUGCUCGAAUUGCCGGAGGAGAGUCUGGAUGAGUCUACCAAGGCCGGGAUAGAUUUGGUCGAGGUGCUGCAGCGUCGUGUUGAACGUAUAGCGGCCUAG